GUAUUAUUUAAGCUAGUCAGCCUGGCAACAUCACCUCCUGCACCCGUGAGAUCCAUUCUGCUUUUUUCCCUUCAUACCGUUUUUUGUCACAGUGUGGUCUGCCUGGUGAUGGACAAACAUUCUGAUGUUGAUGUCCCUUUAAAAGCCUCCAUGCAGCCUCGACGCUGCAGCGCCGCGCUUCAGCCACCAGAGGGCGCGCCGUUGAAAAACAGCAGCGAGCACGGACGCGCUUCCCAAUCCCCCCGCGCCGAGUGUGGAGCUUCUCCCAACAAAGUGUCAACACCGUACGGACGCUUUUUAAAAAAAUAAAAUACACACCGGAGCGGCGCCUAAAGACCCGGUCCGACCUCCGGGACCUAAAAGGCUGCGCUUUGUCCGGACUUUGCGACUCGAAGGAGGCGAGAGACGGAGGGAAUCCCAGGAAAGAAAAGGGAAAACACCCCGGAGGUCUUCCAGCGGUGCGCCGAACAAAGUCAACCCGACAAAGUGUUGGAUGUUUCCGCUUGUUCGGAGGACGUCGUUCGGUGGAAGUAUUUAUUUCCUUUUUGUCCUUUUUUCCUUUCUCCCUCCCGCGGAUUUAUGUCACGCCAGCUGAUCCAUGGCGACAUUCUAAGCGUGGAUAUGCGAGGGGAACUUUUGAAGGAUGAAGAGGAGAAAACCGAGUGAUUCUGACAUGUUUCCGCUCGCAAACAUGCUUCCGCUCGCAAACUUGUAAAAUCUAUGAGAAGCGAGCGGCCGCGGGUGGACUUUGCGUGAUUGUGUGUGAGUGUGAGCGCCGACAGCAUGGAGGAGUGGAGACAAUGCGGGCGGUGGCUGAUCGACUGCAAGGUCCUGCCCCAGAACCACCGGGUCGUCUGGCCCUCGGCGGCCGUCUUCGACCUGGCACAGGCGCUGCGUGACGGCGUGCUGCUGUGCCAGAUGUUGCACAACCUCUCCCCCGGAUCUGUGGACCUGAAGGAGAUCAACUUCAGACCGCAGAUGUCACAGUUCCUGUGUUUGAAAAACAUCCGGACAUUCCUCAAGGUUUGCCACGACAAGUUUGGCCUGCGGAACAGUGAGCUGUUUGACCCCUUUGACCUCUUUGAUGUCAGAGACUUUGGCAAGGUAAUAUCCACUCUGUCGAGGAUCUCCCAUCACAGCAUUGCACAAAUCAAAGGAAUCAGGCCUUUCCCUACUGAGGACACUGCCUUGAACGAGGACGAUGUCUACCGGAGCCUCGAAGAGCUGGCAGACGAGCACGACCUGGGAGAAGAUGACAUCUAUGACUGUGUGCCGUGCGAGGACGACGGCGACGACAUCUAUGAGGACAUCAUUAAGGUGGAAGUACGACAACCCAUGAUCAGAUACAUGCAGAAAAUGGGAAUGACGGAGGACGACAAGAGGAAUUGUUGUUUAGUGGAGAUCCAGGAGACUGAGGCCAAGUAUUAUAAAACCCUUGAAGAUAUUGAGAAGAACUACAUGAUCCCGCUGAGACACAUCUUGAGUCCGCAGGACAUGGAGGCGAUCUUCGUUAACCUGGAGGACGUGAUCAAAGUACACUUUGCCCUCCUCCGAGCCAUCGACCUCAACAUGGUCACCGGAGGAAAUGGUCUGGGAAAGAUCUUCCUGGACUUCAAAGAAAGGUUGUUGAUCUACGGACAGUACUGCAGCCACAUGGAGAACGCCCAGAAAACACUGGAUGAGCUAAUAGCAACGCGAGAAGACGUCAAGAUCAAAGUAGAGGAAUGUACAAUGAAAGUGCAGGAAGGCAAGUUCAAGCUGCAGGAUCUUCUGGUGGUUCCCAUGCAGAGGGUACUCAAGUAUCACUUACUACUGAAGGAACUUCUGAGUCACUCCACCGACCGACCAGAGAGACAACAACUAAAGGAAGCGCUAGAAGCCAUGCAGGACUUGGCCAUGUACAUCAACGAGGUCAAGCGGGACAACGAGACACUGAAGAAAAUUAGCGAAUUCCAAAGUUCUAUAGAAAAUCUCCAGCAGGUGAAGCUGGAGGAGUACGGGAGGCCAAAGAUAGACGGAGAGCUGAAGGUUUGCUCCAUCGUCAAUCGUACUAAACAGGACCGGUAUAUAUUCCUGUUUGAUAAAGUUGUAAUCGUCUGCAAGAGGAAAGGUUAUAGCUACGAGCUCAAAGAGAUUAUCGAACUGCAGUCUUACAAAAUGUCCGAUGACCCCAUGAACAACAGAGACAUGAAAAAGUCAAGUGGAAAAAUGUGGUCUUAUGGCUUCUACCUGAUCCACCUGCAAGGGAAGCAGGGCUUCCAGUUCUUCUGUAAAACGGAAGAAACCAAGAGGAAAUGGAUGGAACAGUUUGAAAUGGCCAUGUCCAACAUCAAACCUGAGAGAGCCACCGCCAACCAGCAUAACUUCCAAAUGCACACAUUCGAUAAGAACACCAACUGUCGAGCUUGCAAGAUGCUGCUGAGGGGAAUCUUCUAUCAGGGUUACUUCUGUUCUCGGUGCGGGACAGGAGCACACAAAGAGUGUCUGGAGGUGAUCACCAUCUGCAGGAUCAAUCCCCAUGACUUGGAACCUGGCAUGUCUUCAGGUCCCAAGAUGGUAGCAGUGAGAAACUACCACGGCACACCGACACCGCCAGGAAAGAUGCCUCUCUCCUUUCAAACAGGAGACUAUAUUGAGCUGCUGAAAGGAGACCCUGACACGUCAUGGUGGGAGGGAAGGUUACUACAAACACAAAAAAGUGGCUUCUUCCCCAGUUCCUGCGUUAAACCGUACUUAGACCCAAAGCCCUUCCAGUCGUUAUCCAGCCGGCAGUCAUCGAGGGAUGCAGACUACUACGGAUAUCCUUGGUUUGCAGGGAACAUGGAGCGCCAGCAGGCUGACAACCUCUUAAAAUCCCACAGUAGCGGCACCUACCUCAUCAGAGAGAGGACGGCUGAAGCGGAGAGGUUCGCCAUCAGCAUCAAAUUCAAUGAGGAAGUAAAACACAUCAAAGUGGUGGAGAAAGACAGCUGGAUCCACAUCACCGAGGCCAAGAAGUUUGAGAGCCUUCUGGAGCUGGUGGAAUAUUAUCAGUCCCAUUCGCUGAAAGAAAGCUUCAAGCUGCUCGAUACCACAUUGCGAUAUCCCUACAAAUCAAGGGAACGCUCGCUAACGAGGGCCAGCCCACGCUCGCCAGCAGCCACCUGCGCCUCCUACAACUUCUCCUUCCUCAGUCCACAGGGCCUCAACUUCUCCUCUUCGCCGAGCUCGGCUCCCUUUUGGUCAGUGUUUACUCCUCGCGUGGUCAGCACAGCAGUGGCCAGGUACAACUUUGCAGCCCGGGACAUGAGAGAACUGUCCCUACGGGAAGGAGACGUCGUCAAGAUUUACAGCAAGAUCGGCGGGGACCAGGGCUGGUGGAAGGGCGAGGCUAACGGACGAAUUGGAUGGUUUCCCUCGACCUACGUGGACGAAGAAGGAGUCCAGUAAGAUGUCCAAACACAACAAAAAGUCAGGAACCGUCAGUCCGCCGAUCUCAGAGAUAACUAGGCACUCUGCAGGAAACAUUUUUUUUUGUUGUUGAUGCCGGAUCUCGAGCGCCUUUCCCAUUCCUUUUGCUGGUGUUCGACUUUUUUUUUUCCAAGCACUCCCCCGUUUCGUUGGUGUACAGCCGUGAGGGGAAAACGUGGCUCGCUGUGUGAUCUGCAAAGGCUUAGACGAAAAAAAAAAACAGACUGCGGAUAGCUUUACGUGGAGGAAAAGGAAAGGAAAAAAAAAUGUUUGAAAUAAAUGUACAGUAUAGAUAAUUUAUUGAAUAGAUAUUAUUACCAUGACUGUUGUUAUUGUGCGGAUUUUAGCAACGAAAAAAAAAAGAAUCUGCGGCGGAGAAAACGAAAAUACGGAAAAAAGAAAUAAAGACGGCUGCUCUUUUUUUUUUUUUUUGCCUUAGUUGUCAUGGCGAUGCCUUGUGGGCCAACUCCAGUGGAGGGAAUAGACUUUUGUGGCCUGGCUGGGCCCCUUGCUGUAUGCAUGUGUCCAGGUGCGGCCCCACACAAACACACACACUUUGUACAGUUCCGUGCCUUCUGAGAGAACGCCAAGCGGAACCUCCGCAGCCGCCGGUUUGGAGAACGUCGACGGACGCUCCCGAAAAGGGAGCAUUCGUGCACAUGCAGCAAGGGUCGGCGUCCUUGAACGCAACACGGUGAAGCGCGGACGUCCGGGGUGUUGACGACGAGCAGCCGUGUCGUGCCAAAGGAAACAAAACUUCACACUUUUUGGCCUGCAUGGACUUUCAUUUUCUUCAUACUUUGCCUUAUUUGAUUAGGUUCUUUUUUUCUCCAAGUGCGGAUUCCUCUUUGGUGCUGUGACCACUUCACUGCCAUUAGGAGAAGUGUGUGUGCAGACACACACAAGGGGGGGUGAGUCAGUGCCAAUUUACCUCCAGUGACUACUGAGAAUAGUUCAGAGGUGUCCAAAGGGCGGCCUGGGGAACCAUCGUAGCCCAACAUAGGCCCUUAUCAACCCUGUGAUGCAUGAAAUAUGACAACCUACAAACCCCGUUUCCAUAUGAGUUGGGAAAUUGUGUUAGAUGUAAAUAUAAACGGAAUACAAUGAUUUGCAAAUUAUUUUCAACCCAAAUUCAAUUGAAUGCACCACAAAGACAACAUAUUUGAUGUCAAACUCAUGAACUUUAUUUAUUUUUUGCAAAUAAUAAUUAACUUUGAAUUUCAUGGCUGCCACACAUGCGCAAGUAGUUGGGAAAGGGCAUGUUCACCACUGUGUUACAUCACCUUUUCUUUUAACAACACUCAAUAAACAUUUGGGAACUGAGGAAACUAAUUGUUGAAGCUUUGAAAGUGGAAUUCUUUGCCAUUCUUGUUUUAUGUAGAGCAGGGGUGUCAAACUCAAAUACAGAGUGGGCCAAAAUGUAAAACUGAACAAAGCCGCGGGCCAAAGUUGAACAAAUUAAUCUUUUAAUAGGGACCCUAACAAGUUUUGCAUUGAAUAUUGAACAUCUAUCCAUCCAGUUUCUACCGCUUAUUCCCUUUUGGGGUCGCGGGGGGCGUUGGCGCCUAUCUCAGCUACAAUCGGGUGGAAGGCAGGGUACACCCUGGACAAGUCGCCACCUCAUCGCAGGGCCAACACAGAUAGACAGACAACAUUCACACUCACAUUCACACACUAGGGCCAAUUUAGUGUUGCCAAUCAACCUAUCCCCAGGUGCAUGUCUUUGGAAGUGGGAGGAAGCCGGAGUACCCGGAGGGAACCCACGCAUUCACGGGGAGAACAUGCAAACUCCACACAGAAAGAUCCCGAGCCUGGAUUUGAGCAAGACUUAUAUGUCUUUAUAGUGACAAGCAAAAUCAAGUUUCAAAUUCUAAUAAUAAUAAUUGAAAAAUAUCAAUGCUAUAUCAAAUAAAAUUUAAAUAAAAAUUGGGCGUGGUCGGGGUUUGGUGAUAGCGGGGGUGUAUAUUGUAGCGUCCCGGAAGAUUUAGUACUGCAAGGGGUUCUGGGUAUUUCUUCUGUUGUGUUUAUGUUCUGUCACGGUGCGGAUGUUCUCCCGAAAGGUGUUUGUCAUUCUUGUUCGGUGAGGGUUCACAGUGUGGCCCAUAUUUGUAACAGUGUUAAAGUUGUGUAUACGGCCACCCUCAGUGUGACCUGUAUGGCUGUUGAGCAAGUAUGCCUUGCAUUCACUUGUGUGUGUUAAAGCCGCAUGUAUUAUGUCACUGUGCUGACACGUUUUUUGUAUGGCAGAAAAGCGGACGUGACGGCAGGCUGUGGAGGACUAAAAGGCACGUCUCCCAAUAAUGUUGUCCGGGUGAACUUUAACUCCUCCCACUGGAUCUUUCCUAGUUACCGAUCAACCUGAUUAGGAUUUAAACCCAGUCCUCUUUGAUUGGGAGAUAGCUGUUUUGACCACUCAGCCAUCUUUGGUCUUCUUAAAGGGAGAUUUCGGGCCCUAAUGACAUAUUUAAUUGUAGAACCUGUCUCAGUAAACUAUGAUAUAAAAGCUUAACUCCACCAGCUGAAGCUUUCCUAGUUACCUGAUUGAUCUGACUGGGAUUUGAACCCAGUCCUUUUUGAUUGGGAGCGAGCUCUUUAACCAUUUUCGGGAGCGGCACUGAACUUCGGGAGUCUCCCGGGAAAAUUGUGAGGGUUGACAAGUAUGAGUAUCAGCGGUGAAUGCGGUGUUACAGGGGCCCCGUCGCUGUAUAAUACCGGCGGGCCAGCUCAAAUCUUAAUUUGAUACUACCUCAAGGGCCAAAUGAAAUUACACAGAGGGCCAAAUUUGGCCCGCGGGCCAGAGUUUGACACCCCUGAUGGAGAGCUCGCACUCUUCUUUUACGAAGCCACGCUGUUGUAACACAUGCUGAAUGUGGCUUGGCAUUGCUGGAAUAAGCAGGGGCGUCCAUGAAAAAGAUGGUGCUUAGAUGGCAGCAUAUGUUGUUACAAAACCUGUAUGUACCUUUCAGCAUUAAUGGUGCCUUCACAGAUGUGUAAGUUACCCAUGCCUUGGGCACUAAUGCACCCCCGUGCCGUCACAGAUGCUGGCUUUUGAACUUUGCGUCGAUAACAGUCUGGAUGGUUCGCUUCCCCUUUGGUCCAGAUGACACGAUGUCGAGUAUUUCCAAAAACAAUUUGAAAUGUGGUCUCGUCAGACGAGAGAAUACUUUUCCACUUGGCAUCAGUCCAUCGUAGAUGAUCUCAGGCGCAGAGAAGCCGGCGGCGUUUCUGGGUGUUGUUGAUAAAUGGCUUUCGCUUUGCAUAGUAGAGCUUUAACUUGCACUUACAGAUGGAGCGACCAACUGUUUUUAGUGACAGUGGUUUUCUGAAGUGUUCUUGAGCCCAUGUGGUGAUAUCCUUUGGAGAUUUAUGUCGAUUUUUGAUAUAGUGCUGUCUGAGGGAUCGAAGGUCACGGUCAUACGGUAACACAAUUUCCCAACUCACACACACACACAAACACACACACACACACACACACACACACACAAAUAAAUAAAAACAAUCUAAAAAAGUGUUUAUUUUUUUCAAUUAAUUGAUAAAAAUGUGGACAAAAUGCCUUAGAACCCAUCCAUCCAUCCAUUUUCUACCGUUCAUCCCCUCUUUGUCGCGAGGGGAGCUGGAGCCUAUCACACCUACAAACUUAUAUUUAUUGAGGGCCACAUUGUAGUUCGAGCUGCCCUGAAAGGGCUGCUUGUAACAACAAAUGAUAUACGAAUUUGCAUAUUCAUUUGAUUAUUAAGCCCUGUGAUGAGGUGGCGACUUGUCCAGGGUGUACGCCGCCUUCCGCGACCAAAAAAAGGACAAGCGGUUGAAAAUGGACGGAUGGCAUUCGAUUAUUAUAUACAGUACAGGACAAAAGUUUGGACGCACCUUCUCAUUUGAUGCGUUUUCUUUCUUUUCAAGACUAUUUACAUUCUAGAUUGUCACUGAAGGUAACAAAACUAUCACCUGGGAAGUGAAAACCAUUUCAUGUUACCACCUCUUGAAGCUCAUGGAGAGAAUGCCAAAGCAAAGGGUGGCUAUUUUGAAUAAACAAGAAUAUAAAUUAGGCUUUCAGUUAUUUUACUUUUUUUUUUAGCUUAGUACAUGUCAGAGUUAGUUUUGUGACGAACCCCAAGAUGCAGAGAAGGAGGCAGGCUUUGAGUAAGAAAACAUGGUUUUAAUAUAAACAUUAAAACAAAACCAAACAAAGGGUACAAACAAAAGGUGCGCACAAGGCGGAUAAACUAAGAGAGCUAGCAUGGGAGCUAGAAAACAAAAAGGAACUUAGCAUGGAAAAAAACAAAAGGGAGCCUAGUGUGUAAGCUACCAGGUAGCAAACAGGAAAACAGAAGUCGUUACUUGUAGAAUUAAAAAAAACCGGAAGCUACAAACAAAUAAAUAUAGCUUACCGCUACGCUGCAAUAAAACAACACGACAGGAUAGCAACGACAAGAGCGACAUGUGGCAACGGCAACAAUCCAGCACUGACUGGAUGGGAAGACAGGUCUAAAUAGGAAUGGGCUGAUUGACACCAGGUGUGGCCAGGUGCCAAUCAAGGACAACAAUCCAGCACUGACUGGAUGGAAAGACAGGUUUAAAUAGGAAUGGGCUGAUUGACACCAGGUGUGGCCAGAUGCCAAUCAGCCCCAGCUGAGGGAACACAGCACUCAGGGAGAAAGACAAGAAACAGACAAAAUAUGAGCGCUGACAGGAACUAAAGACAGGAAAUACUACACACAUACAGGAAAAACUAAAACACAUAUAGUACAUAACUCCACAGUUUUACAUACGUCCAUAGUUUUGAUGCCUUCAGGGACAAUCUGCAAUGUAAAUAGUUGUGCAAAUAAAGCAUUGAACGAGAAGGUGUGUCCAAAGUUUUGGGAAAAAAGAAAAUUGACACCUGUGUUCUAAGUCAUGACUGAUGUUUUGGAGGAAUCCUUUUUUGGAAAGCUGUCCACUGUAGUGACCACGCCUGAAUGCAUCACAGGGUUGGUGACGUACUUUGUUAGAUAUGACACUCAUUUGCUUUGUCAUCCAUAACUCAAAGCUAAGAUGUAGACCUCAGUUGUCCCUACAUAUCUACAUAAAUCUACAUCCAGUCGAGGUUACCGUGGUUCGUCCGUUAUACGGCGCUCAAUACCUGGGGUAGAGCGGAAUAUAUGUUAGGUCGGGAAAAAAAAACAGAGGCUAUUUCAUCCCGACAAGUCUGUUUUUGCAGGUUUCCCUGUGUGGAGAGGCGGGGCAGGGCACGCUGUGGCCCUGCCCAAGAUGGCGUCAGGAGAAAUGUUAAUAAUUUCCUGGUGUGUGAGCCACGCACCUGAAUUCGAUAGCCCCGCCUCCUUGCCGCCAUCUUGGGCAGGGCCACAGCGUGCCCUCCCCCGCCGUCGGCCCGUUGGCUCCGCCUCUCCUCACCCUGCUCUUCAGGGGAUUCCUGUAGGGAUGAAAUAGCCUCUGUGUUUUUCUCCUGACCCAACGUAAAGAUCUACAGUCGUGGUCAAAAGUUUACAUACACUUGAGUCUUGUCUUGAGUUUCCAAUACUUUCUACAAGUCUUAUUUUUUGUGAUGUAGUGAAUGGAGCACAUACUUGGUCAAAAAAACAUUCUUUUUUUUUAAUGAGUUUAUUAUGGGUCUACUGAAAAUGUCAAAAGUAUACAUAUAGCAAUGUUAAUAUAAGGCGCUUUUGGUAGCCAUCCACAGGCUUCUGCUUGAAUUUUUGACCACUCCUCUUGACAAAAUUGGUGCAGUUCAGCUAAAUCUGUUGGUUUUCUGACAUGGACUUGUUUCUUCAGCAUUGUCCACAUGUUUAAGUCAGUACCUUUGGGAAGGCCAUUCUAAUACCUUCAUUUUAGCCUGAUUUAGCCAUUCUUUUGACCUGUGUUUGGGGUCAUUGUCGAAUAUUUCCAAAAAGUAUUUGAAAUGUGGACUUGUCAGACCACAGAACACUUUUCCACUUCGCAUCAGUCCAUCUUAGAUGAUCUCGGGCGCAGAGAAGCCGGCGGCGUUUCUGGAUGUUGUUGAUAAAUGGCUUUCGCUUUGCAUAGUGGAGCUUUAACUUGCACUUACAGAUGUAGCAACAAACUGUUUUUAGUGACAGUGGUUUUCUGAAGUGUUCUUGAGCCCAUGUGGUGAUAUCCUUUAGAGAUUGAUGUUGGUUUUUGAUACAGUGCUGUCUGAGGGAUCGAAGGUCACGGUCAUACGGUAACAGAAUUUCCAAACUCAUUUGGAAACAUAGGCACCGAUCUGCCGAUCAAUCAAUCUUUAAAAAUAUUUUUGAAUAACCAAUUUUGUUGUUGUUAAUUUAGUGGUGAGUUUGGUCCAUUUUGGUGCAAAAUUAGUGCAGUUCAGCUAAAUCAUUUGGUUUUCUGACAUGGACUUGUUUCUUCAGCAUUGUCCACACGUUUAAGUCAGUACCUUUGGGAUGGCCAUUCUAAAACCUUAAUUCUAGCCUGAUUUAGCCAUUCUUUUGACCUGUGUCUAGGGUCCCAUCCAUCCAUCCAUUUUCUACCGCUUAUUCCCUUUCGGGGUCACGGGGGGUGCUGGCGCCUAUCUCAGCUACAAUCGGGCGGAAGGCGGGGUACACCCUGGACAAGUCGCCACCUCAUCGCAGGGCCAACACAGAUAGACAGACAACAUUCACACUCACAUUCACACACUAGGGCCAAUUUAGUGUUGCCAAUCAACCUAUCCCCAGGUGCAUGUCUAGGGUCAUUGUUGAAUAUUUCCAACAACUAUUUGAAAUCUGGACUUGUCGGACCACAGAACACUUUUCCACUUCGCAUCAGUCCAUCUUAGAUGAUCUCGGGCGCAGAGAAGCCGGCGGCGUUUCUGGAUGUAGUUGAUAAAUGGCUUUCGCUUUGCAUAGUGGAGCUUUAACUUGCACUUACAGAUGUAGCAACAAACUGUUUUUAGUGACAGUGGUUUUCUGAAGUGUUCUUGAGCCCAUGUGGUGAUAUCCUUUAGAGAUUGAUGUUGGUUUUUGAUACAGUGCUGUCUGAGGGAUCGAAGGUCACGGUCAUACGGUAACAGAAUUUCCAAACUCAUUUGGAAACAUAGGCACCGAUUUGCCGAUCAAUCAAUCUUUAAAAAUAUUUUUGAAUAAUCAAUUUUGUUGUUGUUAAUUUAGUGGUGAGUUUGGUCCAUUUUGGUGCAAAAUUGGUGCAGUUCAGCUAAAUCUGUUGGUUUUCUGACAUGGACUUGUUUCUUCAGCAUUGUCCACACGUUUGAGUCAGUACCUUUGGGAUGGCCAUUCUAAAACCUUAAUUCUAGCCGGAUUUAGCCAUUCCUCUACCACUUUUGACCUGUGUUUGGGGUCAUUGUCGAAUAUUUCCAAAAACUAUUUGAAAUGUGGACUUGUCAGACCUCAGAACAUUUUUCCAUUUCGCAUCAGUCCAUCCUAGAUGAUCUUCGGGCGCAGAGAAGCCGGCGGCGUUUCUGGGUGUUGUUGAUAAAUGGCUUUUGCUUUGCAUGGUGGAGCUUUAACUUGCACUUACAGAUGUAGCGACCAAAUGUAUUUAGUUACAGUUGUUUUUUAAGUGUUCCUGAGCCCAUGUGGUGAUAUCCUUUAGAGAUUGAUGUCGGUUUUUGAUACAGUGCUGUCUGAGGGAUCGAAGGUCACGGUCAUACGGUAACACAAUUUCCCAACUGAUUUGGAAACAUAGGCGCCGAUCUGCCGAUCAAUCAAUCUUUAAAAAUAUUUUCGAAUAAUCAAUUUUGUUGUUGUUAAUUUAGUGGUGAGUUUGGUCCAUUUUGGUGCAAAAUUGGUGCAGUUCAGCUAAAUCUGUUGGUUUUCUGACAUGGACUUGUUUCUUCAGCAUUGUCCACACGUUUGAGUCAGUACCUUUGGGAUGGCUAUUCUAAAACCUUAAUUCUAGCCUGAUUUAGCCAUUCUUUUGACCUGUGUUUGGGGUCAUUGUCAAAUAUUUCCAAAAACUAUUUGAAAUGUGGACUUGUCAGACCACAGAACACUUUUCCACUUCGCAUCAGUCAAUGUUAGAUGAUCUCGGGCGCAGAGAAGCCGGCGGCGUUUCUGGAUGUUGUUGAUAAAUGGCUUUCGCUUUACAUAGUGGAGCUUUAACUUGCACUUACAGAUGUAGUGACCAGCUGUUUUUACUGACAGUGGUUUUCUGAAGUGUUCUUGAGCCCAUGUGGUGAUAUCCUUUAGAGAUUGAUGUUGGUUUUUGAUACAGUGCUGUCUGAGGGAUCGAAGGUCACGGUCAUACGGUAACAGAAUUUCCAAACUCAUUUGGAAACAUAGGCACCGAUCUGCCGAUCAAUCAAUCUUUAAAAAUAUUUUCGAAUAACCAAUUUUGUUGUUGUUAAUUUAGUGGUGAGUUUGGUCCAUUUUGGUGCAAAAUUGGUGCAGUUCAGCUAAAUCUGUUGGUUUUCUGACAUGGACUUGUUUCUUCAGCAUUGUCCACACGUUUGAGUCAGUACCUUUGGGAUGGCCAUUCUAAAAACUGAAUUCUAACCUAAUUAAGCCAUUCCUCUACCACUUUUGACGUGUGUUUGGGGUCAUUGUCCUGGUAGAACACCCAACUGCGCCCAAGACCCAAACUACGGGCUGAUAAUUUUAGCUUGUCCCGGAGGUAAUCCUUCUUUUUCAUUGUCCCAUUUACUCUCUGUAAAGCACCAGUUCCAUUGGCAGCAUAAUACUACCACCACCAUGCUUGACUGGAGGUAUGGUGUUCCUGUGAUCCAAGGCCUCACCUUUUCUCCUUCACAUUGUUAGGUUUUGUGGCUCAAUUUUUUGUUUCAUCUGACCACAAACUUUCCUCCAAAAGGUCUUAUCUUUGUCCAUGUGAUGUCAAUUUUUUGACCACGACUAUGUAUCCGUGUAGAUAUGUCACUGGCAUUCAUAUUUCUUCACUGCUGUCUUCAUUACCAACGUGGAUGCACCACAUGGUUUUAUACUCCCACCUGGUGGCACUUUCUGGUAUUUCUCGAUGGUUUCACUCGGCCACCUGCCGCCGGGGUCUUCAGAACGACCUCAUUAGAAGCCGCCUACACAAGUGUCUGUUUUCCAACCGUAUUGGAAAGGAAAAGGAAAAACUAAAGUUUUUGACACGAAGUGUGAGGAUGCAUCAAUCAUGAAGGUGUUGAUUUCCAUAUGGAAGUGUGCUCAACUUUGACUGUUUUGUCGCAAAAGACCCAGUCGGACGAUACCAAGUUGGGGCUGUUGAAGUAGUGGACGACAACGACAACCCAAUGCAUGUCGCUAUUUAUAUUUCGACUCCUGUCUGUACGUCCUGGAAGAAAAACACGUACUUCAUCAUGUACAUUUUUUUUUUUUCGAAUGGUCGAAUAUUUCCAAAUGAGGUCUAUCAUGAAAUAAAUAUUUCUCUUUUUCUUUAA